AUUCAUGCCCCACAGCCACUGGUUGUGCACAGUCCACAUGUGCCUGUUGUGUAACGACUGCAAUUUGCAUGACUAAAAGCUCCAGACUCUGGUGGGACUGAACUCUGGAGACAGUUGAGGGGAGGGCAGGGAGCUUGGGGGCUGGCUUUCCAAGGUGCAUAAAACAGUUGCCGGGGAGCACGGGUUAGCACAUCUACUGCAUCCUCCUGGUUGCCGUGACUUAAGCUCUCCCAGAGGAACUCUCGCCAGUGCAACCAUGACGACUGCCAUUAUGAGGUUGUUAGGAGUGCUCCUGUGCUCCAUCUUCGCCACUGCCGAGGUGAUGCCCAUGGCUGACUUUGACUUGCAGCCGAUGGCAGGAAAGUGGUACAUAGUUGGUUUCGCCACAAAUGCUCAGUGGUUUGUCAACCACAGGCAAAACAUGAAGAUGGGCACCGCCAUCCUUACUCCCACUGCUGGAGGUGAUUUGGACCUUAGCUAUGCCAACUUGAACUCUGAUGGGUCCUGCUGGAGGAUGACUCACCUGGCCAAGAAGACAGACACCCCUGGGCGUUUCACUUUCCGUAGCCAACGCUGGAAUAAUGAAAAUGACAUGCGUGUGGUGGAUGCCAGACCUGAUGAGUUUGCGCUUGUCCACACAAUCAAAAUCAAAGAUGGCGUGUCUGAGGUUCUGAACAAAAUUUACGGACGCAGCGCUGACCUGAGCCCUGAGCUGCUGGAGAAAUUCAGACAGUUCAGCCUGGACACCGGCAUCUCAGCAGACAACAUUGCCAUUCUGCCCCCUAAUGGGGAGUGUGCAGAUGCAUAAAUACAGCUUGUGAUCAGCAGGCAAGCUUCUAGUGGCUCCCUGGCAUCGUCAGGCCGCCUGCUCUAGCACCUUUGCAAAUGCAUUCCACACUGAUAUGUAUCUCACCUCACUUUUUUUACAGCUUGUUUUGUAUGUACACUUUAAAUAUGUUUGGUGAAAUUAAAAGUUGGAAAACAUGGGA